AUGAAUCGGACGUGCAGCAUACAGGAAGGAAGUUCUUCAUCAAUACCACAUCUUUCUAUUAUUUUAACUGUUCGUUUACUUAUGCAAGGAAAAGAAGUUGGCAGCAUUAUUGGUAAACGAGGCGAUCAUAUAAAACUUAUUCGUGAUCAAUCUGGAGCCAAAAUUAAUAUUUCGGAUGGUUCAUGUCCCGAACGUAUUGUUACAAUUACGGGGAACACUGAAACUAUCAACAGAGCAUUUGUCAUGAUUUGUGCAAAGUUGCAGCAGGAUUUACAAGCUCUUUCGAAUACCAUUCCAAAGCCUCCCAUAACGAUGCGGUUGAUUGUGCCUGCAACACAAUGUGGAUGCAUUAUUGGAAAGGGUGGCUCAAAAAUUAAAGAAAUCCGUGAGGCGACUGGUGCAUCUGUCCAAGUAGCGAGUGAAAUGCUUCCGAGCUCUACGGAACGAGCUGUCACCAUUUCGGGAAGUUCUCAGUCAAUUGUAUUAUGCAUGCAAAAUAUCUGCCAAAUUCUACUAGAAGCACCUGCAAAAGGCAAUACAUUACCAUAUCGCCCCAAACCUACCUUCAAUCCAGCUUUAUUAGCAAGUUCUGCAGCUGCAGCCGCAUCAUUACUGCAGCAGCAGCACCAUCAACCACAGCAACACUAUCAUCCUACGUUAAUUAACCCUUUGGACGUGAGUCAAGUCUGA